ACUACCACCAUCACUCACCACUCACCAUUCUCACUAGACCGCGCCAUGCUCCGUAACGUUCUGGCUCGCUCUGCCCCUCGAGGCUGGCAGGCUGCCCGCUUUAGCACCGCCAGCGCAAUCGCAACCGCAACCACAACCGCCGCUCCUAGGUCGAUGAGCCUGGCCCGCCUCGCCGCUCCUACCGCCCUCAAAGGCCAACAACGAUUCUAUGCCAGCACUCCCAACGCUCCCGUGGGCAGCCCCGAGUUUGACCCCAAUGCCGUAACCGCCAUGGACAAGCAAGAGCCCCCCGCUCCCGGCAAGGACUUCAACGUCGUCAUAGUCGGCGCGGGCAACAUCAACUUCGGUUCCGACGAAGGGCCCUGGAACCAUUCCUUCCGCCUCGAGCACAAGCUCGGCCCACGCCUAAAGGUCGUGGCACUCAUUGACCCUUCGAGCCAGAGGGCGGAUGCGGCGCUUACUAUCAAGAGGAAUUCGUUCGUGCUUAGUGCAUACAAGGAUACCGUCGUCUACAAUAGCUUUGAGGAUUAUUGCAAGAAUAGGCCAAAGGAACAGGAGCCACAAGCCUUCUGGGUCGGCUCGCCUCCCGCCUUCCGUGGACGCGAGCAGGCAGGAAGGGACUUGGAGCGUCACCUCGUUGAGAACUUCCCGGAGACGGCCAUCUUUAUCGAGAAGCCCGUCUCUACCGGUCCGGUGGACGAGGCCUUUGCCGUUGCCAAGCGACUCGAGGACGCUAACAACCUCGUGAGCGUGGGGUACAUGCUGCGCUAUCUCAAGGUCGUGCAGAAGAUGAAGCAAAUCCUCGAGGAGAACAACCUGAAGGUCAUGGCCACCAACGCCCGUUACAUCAUGGCCUACGAGCACACAGCCAAGGCCGACUGGUGGACAAAGUCCCUCUCGUGCGGCCCUAUCGUAGAGCAAGCCACCCACUUCUGUGACCUUUCCCGCUACUUUGGUGGAGAAGUCGACCUCGAUACGGUCAUGGCCCAUUCGCUUGAGCACUUUGAGCCGGCGGGAAAGCUCAGCAAGAUGCCCAUCGAUGAAGCCAAGAUUGGAGAGGAGGACCGUAUUCCGAGGAUUACCUGCGCGACGUGGAAGUACGAGAGCGGAGCGGUGGGCAGUCUGACGCACGCGGUUGCGUUGCAAGGGUUCAACUAUGCGACGGAGAUUGACGUGAUUGCUGAUGGUUACCAGCUGCGCUUGGUCGAUCCCUACAACGCCCCCGUCCUCUACCUUCGUCGUCCCGGUGACGACCACGAAGAGGUCAUCCGCUACAAUCAGGACGACCCCUUCUUCUCCGAGGUUUCGAACCUCAUCGACAACAUUGAGAAGGGAAGAGGCAGCGCGCCCAUCCUGUCUAGCUACGAGGACGCCGUCAAGACUUACGCGCUUACCUGGCGUAUUAGGGAGGCGAGCGAGAGGAGCGCGAAGAAGGCUGCUUAGAGGGGUCUGCUCGAGAUUUGUUGAUAGAGGCAGGAUGAUGGAGACGAGGAUGCAAUUCUCCCUUGGGUAAAGGGAAGAAUAAGCUUGCGUGAGUACGCGAUGUCAUGAUG